CAUCUGGCCUCGACCUUCUGAGCAGAUCAGGCUCCCAAAGCCCUUCGCUACAAGACUCUCACAUCUUUCAGUGUGACGGCCUUGCUGUAAAUCGAUACGCACGCAUACGCUUCGCUUGACAUCGGUGGAGCAGCUCCUGGCAGCAAAGCCAAGACCGCGGAUCGAGGCGGAGCAGGAGGAGCGGCUGGAGGAGGAGGAGGAGCGGAGCACGCCAUGAGCACGCAGGCGCGGGGCCAGGGCGGGCGCAGAGCGGCGGAUCCCGAGGGCGAGAUGCCGGCCACCGAGAAGGACCUGGCGGAGGAUGCUCCCUGGAAGCGGAUCCAGCAAAACACCUUCACCCGCUGGUGCAACGAGCACCUGCGCUGCGUCAACAAGCGCAUCGGCAACCUGCAGCACGACCUGAGCGACGGGCUGCGGCUCAUCGCCCUGCUGGAGGUGCUCAGCCAGAAGCGCAUGUACCGCAAGUACCACCAGCGUCCCACCUUCCGCCAGAUGCAGCUGGAGAACGUCUCCGUGGCCCUCGAGUUCCUGGAGCGGGAGAGCAUCAAGCUGGUCUCCAUCGAUAGUAAAGCCAUAGUUGAUGGAAACUUGAAGCUGAUCCUUGGCUUGAUAUGGACCCUUAUCCUCCACUACUCCAUUUCCAUGCCAGUGUGGGAGGAUGAAGGUGAUGAUGAUGCAAAGAAACAGACCCCUAAGCAGAGGCUGUUGGGCUGGAUCCAGAACAAAAUUCCUUACUUGCCCAUCACAAACUUCAAUCAAAACUGGCAGGAUGGCAAAGCACUGGGGGCUCUUGUUGACAGCUGUGCUCCAGGCCUGUGCCCUGACUGGGAGACCUGGGAUCCGAAGAAACCUGUUGACAAUGCUCGGGAAGCCAUGCAGCAGGCGGACGACUGGCUGGGUGUGCCACAGGUUAUUACCCCUGAAGAAAUUAUCCAUCCUGAUGUUGAUGAGCACUCUGUAAUGACUUACCUGUCCCAGUUCCCCAAAGCCAAGCUGAAACCAGGAGCUCCUUUAAAACCCAAACUGAAUCCAAAGAAAGCAAGGGCUUAUGGCAGAGGGAUUGAGCCUCAUGGGAACAUGGUGAAGCAGCCUGCCAUCUUCACUGUAGACACCAUCAGUGCUGGGCAGGGAGAUCUGAUGGUCUUUGUAGAGGAUCCAGAAGGAAACCGAGAGGAGGCAAAGGUAACACCAUCCAGUGACAAAAACAAGACCUAUUCAGUUCAGUACGUGCCAAGGGUUACUGGACCUCACAAGGUUUCGGUGCUGUUUGCUGGGCAGCACAUCUCAAAGAGCCCAUUCGAAGUGAACGUUGACAAAGCUCAGGGGGAUGCGAGCAAAGUAACAGCAAAGGGACCGGGACUGGAGGCAACAGGAAACAUUGCCAACAAACCUACCUACUUUGACCUCUACACAGCAGGUGCUGGUGUGGGUGACGUGAUCGUGGAAGUGGAGGAUCCUCAGGGAAGAAGCCUCGCUGAAGUUGCAGUAGAAGACAAAGGCAACCAAGUCUACCGUUGUACCUACAAAGCUAUUCAAGCUGGUCCUCACAUUGUCAAAGUGACUUUUGCUGGGGAGGCAAUUCCCAAAACUCCUUGCACUGUCCUUAUUGGAGAGGCCUGCAAUCCAAACGCAUGUCGUGCCACCGGUAGAGGUCUGCAGCCCAAGGGUGUCCGCAUGAGGGAAACGGCUGACUUCAAGGUUGAUACGAGAGCAGCAGGGAGCGGGGAGAUUGGAGUGACUGUAAAGGGACCGAAGGGCUUGGAGGAGCUGGUGAAACAAAAGGGCUUUAUGGAUGGUGUAUAUGCAUUUGAAUACUAUCCAGCUACCCCAGGGAAGUACGUUGUCACGAUUACAUGGGGUGGGCACAACAUCCCAAAAAGCCCCUUUGAAGUUCAAGUGGGUCAUGAAGCAGGUCCUCAGAAAGUGCGAGCCUGGGGGCCGGGACUGCAUGAGGGGAUUGUGGGCAAAUCGGCUGACUUUGUGGUGGAGUCCAUUGGCACAGAAGUUGGCUCUCUUGGCUUUGCAAUAGAAGGCCCUUCUCAGGCUAAAAUUGAGUGUGAUGACAAGAAUGAUGGCUCAUGUGAUGUGAAGUAUUGGCCCAAAGAGCCCGGUGAAUAUGCUGUGCACAUCAUGUGUGAUGAUGAGGACAUAAAAGACAGCCCUUACAUGGCAUUUAUCCGACCAGCUUCAGGAGACUUCAACCCAGAUAAGGUGAAAGCUUAUGGUCCAGGCUUGGAGAAGACUGGCUGCAUAGUGAACAAUCCUGCUGAGUUCACAGUUGAAACCAAGGAUGCUGGGAAAGCACCUCUGAAGAUGUAUGCACAGGAUGGAGAAGGAAACCCUAUUGAUAUCCAGAUAAAGAGCAAGCCUGAUGGUGUGUUUGCCUGCUCCUAUGUGCCAGUGAAACCAAUAAAACAUACAAUUUCUGUCGUCUGGGGAGGAGCGAACGUGCCCAAUAGCCCAUUUAGGGUCCUUAUAGGUCAAGGGAGUCAUCCUCAGAAAGUCAAAGUGUUUGGACCUGGUGUGGAGAGAACUGGCCUGAAAGCAAACGAGCCGACCCACUUCACUGUUGACUGCACAGAUGCAGGAGAAGGUGAUGUCAGUGUUGGAAUUAAAUGUGAUGCUCGUGUGGUCAGUGAUGAGGAAGAAGACAUAGAUUUUGACAUCAUCCACAAUGCCAAUGAUACGUUCACAGUGAAAUAUGCACCACCUGCCGCUGGGCGCUACACUAUUAAAGUGCUUUUUGCAGGAGAGGAAAUUCCUGCCAGCCCAUUCAGAGUUAAAGUGGACCCCUCGCAUGAUGCCAGCAAAGUGAAAGCUGAAGGACCUGGGCUGAACAAAACCGGUGUGGAAAACGGAAAGCCAACGCACUUCACUGUGUUCACUAAAGGAGCUGGAAAAGCACCACUGGAUGUACAGUUCAGCAGCCCGGUGCCAGGAGAGGCGGUGGCAGAUCUGGAUAUCAUUGACAAUUAUGACUAUUCCCACACUGUUAGGUACACUCCAAUACAGCAGGGUCCAAUGAAGGUUUUGGUGACUUAUGGUGGUGACCCUAUCCCGAAAAGCCCUUUCACUGUGGGUGUUGCUGCUCCGCUAGACCUGAGCAAAGUUAAAGUCAAUGGCCUCGAAAACAGAGUGGAAGUAGGGAAGGAUCAGGAAUUUGUAAUAGACACCAAAGGAGCUGGUGGGCAAGGUAAACUGGAUGUUAAUAUUUGCAGUCCUGCGAGGAAAGCUGUGCCAUGUCUGGUGGAACCAGUUCUGGGUAAGGAGUCCAGCACUGCAAAAUACAUCCCAAGGGAAGAAGGACUGUAUGUGGUGGAUGUGAGUUAUGAUGGCAAUCCAAUCCCAGGAAGCCCUUAUACAGUGGAGGCCACGCUACCUCCAGACCCCUCCAAGGUGAAAGCUCAUGGUCCGGGUCUUCGAGGGGGCCUUGUUGGAAAACCAGCCCAAUUCACAAUAGACACCAAAGGGGCAGGAACUGGAGGUUUAGGUUUGACGGUGGAAGGCCCAUGUGAAGCUAAAAUUGAAUGCUCGGACAAUGGCGAUGGGACCUGCUCUGUUUCCUACCUGCCUACAAAGCCUGGAGAGUAUUUCGUAAACAUCCUCUUUGAAGAGGUUCACAUUCCUGGUUCACCGUUCAAGGCAGACAUAGAGAUGCCGUUUGAUGUCUCUAAAGUUGUUGCCACAGGCCCAGGUCUGGAACGUGGUAAAGUAGGUGAGGCAGGGCUGCUGAAUGUCGACUGCACAGAAGCAGGUCCUGGGGACCUGCGGGUGGACAUGGUGUCAGAUGCUGGUUCCAAAGCAGAGGUCCAAAUUGAUGAUAACAAAGACGGGACCUAUGUCGUGACAUAUGUGCCUCUCACAGCUGGCAUGUAUGUGAUCAAGAUGAGAUACGGAGGAGAACAAGUGCCUAAAUUCCCAGCCCGAGUCAAAGUGGAGCCAGCAGUGGACACAAGCAGAGUUAAAGUGUUUGGACCAGGAGUGGAAGGGGAAGAUGUCUAUCGAGAAGCUACAACCGACUUCACUGUGGAUGCUCGACCUCUAACAAAGGCUGGCGGUGACCACAUCAGGACGCAGAUCACAAGCCCCUCUGGCUCCCCUACAGACUGUCUCAUCCAAGACAACGCCGAUGGAACGUAUUCAGUAGAGUACACGCCAUUUGAAAAGGGUCCACACACAGUCAAUGUAACUUAUGAUGGUGUAGCUGUGCCAAACAGUCCCUUCAGAGUGAACGUGACAGAGGGCUGCCAUCCAUCACGUGUAAAGGCGCAAGGACCCGGACUUAAAGAAGCUUUCACAAAUCAGCCAAAUGCCUUUUCAGUUGUCACCAGAGGGGCAGGGAUUGGUGGCCUUGGAAUAACUGUCGAAGGACCUUCAGAGUCUAAAAUAAGCUGUAAAGAUAACAAGGAUGGGAGCUGCAGUGCCGAGUAUGUUCCUUAUGUUCCAGGAGACUACGAUGUUAACAUCACAUAUGGGGGAGAGCAUAUUCCUGGCAGUCCUUUCAAGGUUCCUGUGAAGGAUGUUGUGGAUCCUAGCAAGGUGAAGAUUGCAGGACCAGGUCUGGGAACAGCUGUUAGAGCCAAAAUCCCACAGUCCUUCACUGUAGACGCCAGCAAGGCAGGAGUAGCACCGCUCGAAGUGAUGGUGACAGGACCCAGAGGAGUUGUGGAGCCUGUUAAUGUAGUAGACAACGGAGAUGGCACCCACACAGUUGUGUACACACCUACGCAGGAAGGACCAUAUAUGAUCUCCGUCAAAUAUGCUGAUGAAGAGAUCCCUCGCAGUCCCUUCAAGGUGAAGGUGCUUCCUACGUAUGAUGCCAGUAAAGUGACAGCAAGUGGACCUGGUCUCAGUUCCUACGGCAUACCGGCCAGCCUGCCUGUGGAGUUCACUGUGGAUGCUAAGGAUGCUGGGCAGGGACAUCUGGCUGUAGUCAUCACUGACCAAGAGGGCGAACCCAAGAGAGUGAAGAUUAAUGACAAUAAGGAUGGCACUUACACAGUGACCUAUGUCCCAGACAGAACUGGCCGCUAUACAAUUGGCGUGAAGUAUGGUGGAGAUGAUAUCCCGUCCUCUCCCUAUCGGAUUCGGGCAUCUCCAGCUGGGGAUGCCAGCAAGUGUUUUGCCACAGGUCCUGGAAUUGCACCCACUGUGAAGACUGGUGAGGAGGUUAGUUUUGUGGUAGACGCCAAAUCAGCAGGGAAGGGAAAAGUGACGUGCACCAUGCUGCUGCCAGAUGGGCUAGAAGCUGAAGCAGAUGAAGCAGUUAUUGAAAAUGAGGAUGGGACUUACGAUAUCUUCUACACAGCCUCCAAACCAGGAAUCUAUGUGAUUUAUGUCCGCUUUGGUGGGGUGGAAAUUCCCAACAGUCCUUUCACUGUCAUGGCUGUAGAUGCAGAUGAUGCCGCCGUGCGGUCGCAGGAGCCAGUGGGCGCCCAUCCCCCCGGAUUCCGCCCUUGGGUCACAGAAGAAGCUUAUGUCCCAGUUGGAGACAUGAAUGGCAUGGAAUUCAGACCCUUUGAUAUGGUUAUCCCUUUUGCUGUACGGAAAGGAGAAAUAACAGGUGAAGUAUUCAGGCCCUCUGGAAAGACGGAUACACCAGAUAUUGUGGAUAACAAAGAUGGCACAGUAACAGUGAGAUACGCUCCUACUGAGGUCGGGCUGCAUGGAAUGCACAUAAAAUAUAUGGGAAAUCACAUCCCAGAAAGCCCCCUGCAGUUCUAUGUGAAUUAUCCAAACAGCGGCAGUGUGUCUGCUUAUGGGCUGGGCCUCAUUUAUGGGGUUGCCAAUAAACCAGCAACUUUCACCAUUGUCAUGGAAGAUGCCGGAGAGGGUGGACUGGACUUGGCUAUUGAAGGACCUUCAAAAGCAGAGAUCAGCUGCAUUGAUAACAAAGACGGGACGUGCACAGUCACGUACCUGCCUACUCUGCCUGGGAAUUACAGCAUCCUGGUUAAGUACAACGACAAGCACAUCCCGGGCAGUCCGUUCACGGCUAAGAUCACAGAUGAUAACAGAAGGCGGUCCCAGGUUAAGCUUGGUUCAGCUGCUGACUUUUUGUUGGACAUCAAUGAGACCGAUCUCAGUCUCCUAACAGCUAGCAUUAAAGCUCCAUCAGGUCGCGAUGAGCCUUGUCUUCUGAAGAGGCUACCCAAUAACCACAUUGGCAUCUCCUUCAUUCCACAGGAAGUAGGAGAACAUCUGGUUAGCAUCAAGAAAAAUGGGAGCCAUGUACCAAACAGCCCUGUAACAAUCAUGGUGGUCCAGUCUGAGAUAGGAGAUGCAAGACGAGCGAGGGUUUAUGGACGUGGCUUGGUAGAAGGACGGACUUUUGAAAUGUGUGAUUUCAUUGUAGACACAAGAGAUGCAGGUUAUGGUGGGAUCUCACUGGCAGUUGAAGGACCCAGCAAGGUAGAUAUCCAAACUGAAGACCUAGAAGAUGGAACUUGCAAAGUGUCUUAUUUCCCAACUGUACCUGGCGUGUACAUUGUGUCCACUAAAUUUGCAGACGAACACAUUCCAGGCAGCCCAUUUACUGUGAAGAUAAGUGGUGAAGGAAGAGUUAAGGAGAGCAUCACACGAACAAGACGGGCUCCUUCUGUGGCAACAGUGGGAAGCAUAUGUGAUCUGAACCUAAAAAUUCCAGAAAUUGAUAUCGGGGAUAUGACAGCCCAGGUGACUAGUCCCUCUGGAAGAAAUUUUGAUGCAGAAAUCAUGGAAGCUGACAAAAACACCUAUUGUGUCCGCUUUGUGCCACAAGAAAUGGGGGUUCACACUGUGGAUGUCAAAUACAGAGGGCAGCCGGUGCCGGGCAGCCCCUUCCAGUUCACUGUGGGGCCGCUGGGUGAGGGAGGAGCCCAUAAAGUGAGAGCUGGAGGCCCAGGGCUGGAGCGUGGAGAGACAGGCAUCCCAGCUGAGUUCAGUAUAUGGACACGGGAAGCUGGAGCUGGAGGACUGUCUAUUGCUGUGGAAGGCCCAAGUAAAGCAGAAAUUGCCUUUGAAGACCAUAAAGAUGGGUCUUGUGGCGUGUCAUACAUUGUUCAAGAGCCAGGCAACUAUGAGGUGUCCAUAAAGUUCAAUGAUGAGCACAUUCCUGAAAGUCCCUACCUGGUUCCCAUCAUCGCUCCCUCUGAUGAUGCUCGCAGGCUCACUGUCACUAGUCUUCAGGAGUCUGGAUUAAAAGUUAAUCAGCCGGCAUCCUUUGCUAUAAGGCUGAAUGGGGCAAAGGGCAAGAUCGAUGCUAAGGUCCACAGCCCCUCCGGAGCUGUCGAAGACUGCCAUGUGUCUGAGCUGGAGCCAGAUAAGUAUGCUGUUCGGUUUAUCCCCCAUGAAAAUGGCAUCCACUCAAUUGACGUGAAGUUCAACGGGAGCCACGUUGUGGGCAGCCCUUUCAAAGUGCGUGUUGGCGAGCCCGGGCAGGCAGGCAAUCCCGCGCUUGUCACAGCAUACGGAUCCGGCUUGGAGAGCGGUACCACGGGAUUACAGUCGGAGUUUUUCAUUAACACGACCAAGGCUGGUCCAGGUACCCUCUCUGUUACGAUUGAAGGGCCAUCAAAGGUGAAAAUGGACUGCCAGGAAAUUCCAGAAGGUUACAAAGUCAUGUACACACCCAUGGCUCCAGGAAACUAUUUAAUUGGAGUUAAAUAUGGUGGACCUAACCACAUAGUGGGCAGCCCCUUCAAGGCAAAGGUUACAGGACAGCGACUGGUUAGCCCAGGCAGUGCCAAUGAAACUUCUUCUAUCCUGGUUGAGUCGGUGACAAGGUCAUCGACUGAAACUUGCUAUAGCACCAUUCCCAAAUCCACCUCGGAUGCCAGCAAAGUGGUUUCUAGGGGAGCAGGACUCUCAAAGGCUUUUGUGGGUCAGAAAAGCUCCUUCUCCGUGGACUGCAGCAAAGCAGGUUCAAAUAUGUUGUUAGUUGGCGUCCAUGGACCUACAAUACCCUGUGAAGAGGUAUCUAUCAAGCAUUUGGGCAGCCAUCAGUACAAUGUAGCGUAUGUCGUCAAGGAAAGGGGUGACUAUACUCUGGCAGUGAUGUGGGGUGAUGAGCACAUCCCUGGGAGUCCCUUCCACGUCACUGUUCCUUAAACUUGCCCAGCGUCAGAGUUGAUCUUUGUGUUUGCAAUUCAGAUGUAAAGUUAUACUGGGUGCAGUCCUGUUGCAAAAUGCAGUAUCUAGAUACACACGGCUCACAUUUCAAUACAGUCAGAAGUAAACUCUGUAACUUUAUUUUGUACAAGCAUUUCACUUCUAUCCUACUUACCAAGCUAAUGUCGAUCUAUUUAAUAUCCUCCUCAAAUUGUACCUUUGCAGUACCGUCCGGGUCACUGUUAAUUAAUGUUUGGAGAAUCAUGUGGAUAACUAGACACUAAUUUCCCUUGCGGAUGUUAAAGACUUUAGAUGUUAAUUGAAAACUGGAAUCUGUCUUUGUAAUUGGAUAUCUUAACUACUGAUUUUAUUUGACUGGAGACUUUACGUUUUAGUUAUGGAAUAUGACUUGGGCUGUCCCCAGUUCAAAUUCUUUUCUGUAAAGAAAUAAGGUAAAACUGGUACUAUAAUAGGUGCCUUUGCAUACUUGAUCAAUUUUAACGCUUAACAUUAUAAAAAGCUACUAAAAGUGGCUUUACCACUCAAAUUUAAAAUGUUUCUGAAAAUGCUUUGCUAAUGGUUUACAUUUAGGAAAAGUUUAUCUUUUAUAGCCAACCAAAAGCAGACUGAAAACGACUUCCUGGAAGCUUUCAGCCUUUCUUUCGUAACGCUUUGUAAAUCUAGACAGGUAGCUUUUUGGCCAUGAUGCUAGUGAUGCAGUUUUUAAUUUGCUUGGGAUUCUGGUGAGAUUUUGAAACUUUACAGGUAAUUUCCCAUGCUCUAUUUGAUUUUUAUUUUAACAACCUCUGUUUUGGCUGGGUUAAAUAAAGUCCGUGAACUUGCCGAGCCAGGCAUAGCUCUUACCUGUGUGACCGAAACUGAUGCAGGUGAGAGCAAAGCUGUGUAUUGGGAUGAUGGAUCAGUGGUUUCCCUGGAGGCUGCAGGCCAGGUGAGGAGCUGAGAUGAUGUAAAGAAGCCAGCCUGGCGAUGGGACCCCACAUCUGUGGUCGAGUAUAGGGUGGGAGGAAGGGCGAGUGUGUAAAUUUACCGAUAAUAGCAAUACCAAUCAACAAACCGCUCUUUGGUGCAAGUUAUUUUAUUAUAUCUCAGUCCAAGGACAUGCCUGAAGGACAGUCAUCUCUCCUGAAAUCCCCUUUGUGCUGCAAAAGGCAUUCCUUCUGAGGGUCAGGGAGUGAAAAAACUUCUAUUAACCGCUCUCUUUGUCCUGGAUUACUCCAUGCUACUUCCCAAGUGCAUAUCUGAAUUGCUUUCAGCUGCUGGGACUUUAGUAAACUCUCCAAAUGAGCUUUAACUCUGUGAUUAGAAGAAGGUAGGAUUUGUUGAAAAGCUGUUGAAACAUCACUGUCUGUCCCUAGGGAGAAAUUCACGCUUACGGUUCUGUAGUUACGUGUGGAUGCACUACCCUCCAGCACAGUCAUUGGGGAAAUAAAGAAGGUUGGGGUUUUUUAUACUGUGCUUUUUUUGUGCCUUAAUGUGAAAUGCUCACUACAUUGUAAACUAGGAAGUAAAAACAAAAUAAACUGGAAUAAAAUGCAGGAUUGUAAAAUUGUAUCUUAUAACUUAUUAAAUAGAAAUGUUUGCUUCAUUAAAAUGUGCAUGUUCAACAACAUUGGAUUCUUUUCAUAUGUAGUCAGUGAAGUCAAAUUAAAACUCCAGCACGCAGCAGCUUCAGGCAGAGUGAAUAACCCCCAGACCGGGAGCUGUGCAGGUAGGCGAGAAGAACUUGGGCAUAACCCCAGUGCCAUUCAUUCUUUUUUCUCUAUUUUUUUUUUUUCCUGAAAUAAAACAUCUGGCAAAAAUUUGAGCCAUGGCACAACGUACUGGGCAGCAGCGGGCCAGAGCGCGAGCUGGCCGUGAGGUGGCUGUGCUGGUUUUCCUUUGCGUACCGGUACUGGGGCAGCGGGGCUGGGGAGUAGCGUGUCCCCGGUGAGAUUGUAGGUCUGAUGCUGAGGUGCUGCAAGUGGCACCCGCCGGCUCCUCCAGCUCCUCGGCGUUGUUUGCAGAAGGUGGUUCCCAGUGUGGCACUGCACCUGGGGCCAGCCCGCUCCCACGCACAGCCAUGGAAACCAGCAGAUGUUUUUCCAAACACAGCUCCUGCUGGAAGCACCACUGAAACCUGAGACGCAGCAGAUGCCAAGGACUUUCCUGCCCCAGGUUUAUCAGAUUAUUUCCUUUUUAUAGGUAACUGUAUUUCGUAAGCUUUGUGCUACAUAAACGUGAACCUCCUAUUUAAUGCUUUUAAACAAAACAACCUGGAUACAGCUGUUGGGUUGAGUAAACCGGAGAGACUCGUGCCUGUGUAACUCCUGUUGCCCAGGUAAACCUGCUCUUGCCUGGCCUUGUCUUGCCUGUUACCGCUUGGCUGCUUCGGUUUAACCACACUACCUGAAAUUAAUGGGAGUUGGUGAAGCUGAUGGACCUUUACUGUUAUGUUGGCUGAGGCUACCUCCAGCAAAAGCUGUGCUCCACUUCAAGUGAGCAGUUCUGCCCUGCCUGAGCACCGAGAGCUGUGGAGCGGCCACAAAAAUUAACUUGCUAAGGACAGCAAGCAGCCAGUGGUGGGAAGAGUGCAUGCACCUUUCAACAUCAUUGAAAAAUAACUAUAACUUUUCCCUGUGUUAAAUAACUUAAGAGAUAUUUCUAUCCCCAUCUUGCCAUGAGGUAUGACAUCUUCAUGGCUCCAUCUAAGCUGGAGAGGAAGCAGCAGGACGGGCUGCAGCAAUUUUUUAUUUCACGGCCUACAGUAAUUGUUAAUAUUCAGCAGGUCCCUCUCACGGAAGGUUAUCAAAACAGCCCUGCUGCCAGCUCUGCCUCAUGUGGGGCUGUUUCCCUGGGGCCUCUUGGGAAAAUGAUUUUUUAAAUGGCUUUUCAGUAUUUCUUGGACUAUCAGAGUUAAUUUUCAUAGUUGUGAAUUUAUAUUGCAGACUUCGAAAAAACCUUGUCACUGAAUCAGGCUGGAUUUAUAGCUCAUGCCACUAUUAAUUUGAUCAGGAUUUAAGGCACAUUCUUUCUAUAACAUGAAUGAAAGGCUAAUAUAUGUGAUUUUAAAGAGAAAAGCCUGAUAGGCAAAACAUGAUUUAGCAGGACCCAGAGCUCUGUUUGACAGAAAUUUGCUGUGAUGAACUGCAUUUCUGCAGGACCUUGGUACUGCAAAUAUUUACAUCCAUGUGUGGCUGGAAGCCUCUGAAUCCUUCAAGCCCAGUGGAGGAACUGGCCCUUCUGGGAAGGUAUUUCUUUCUGCUAAGGUUUUUGGGGGGAGAAGGUGGGAUUUUGUGUUUGGCUUGGCUGGAAAUGUCUGGGCUCAGGCCCUGCUCCCAGCUGAAGUGCACAGAAAGGGGUCAUAUCACAAACACUAGCAUUCACAGAGCUUUUCAGGGGAGGUUUCUGGUUCCUUUGCCAAUAUGGAAAUUAACUCCUAUAAACUUGUCUCCCAACUAACAGAAAAUAUCCUGUAAACGCUUGACAGCUGAGGCACUGUAUUUAAAAUGACACAUGAAGUAUUUAACCUUUUUUUUUUUUUGCACUGGCUGCAGAACCAGACUGCAUAGAAAGCAUGUUCAUAGUUUUAUACCAGGUGAGAGUGGAGAGGUGGUGUCACUUAACCCUUGGCAUGGUAGAGAGGAAUGCGGGCUAAAUCCAGCCCCAAGGAAAGAGCUCCUGCUCCAAAUUGCAGUUUCUCCCAUUGGAGGAAGUUGGUGGAAUCUGUCACAGGUGGGUGUAGUAGAGAGGGAAUGAUGGUGCUGGUGCUGUGUGGUCUCACAUGGCUCCAAAAACCCAGGUGCAAACCUCAGAAUGGCAGAAGCGGAGUCACUGAAAGACAUCCUGAGGGGCUGGGCAGGCUGUGGUUCCUGCUGGACUAAAGCGUGGUGCGGGUACGGCAAGGGACACCGAGGAGUCCCCUGCGUGGAUGAGCCCUGCAGCCUGCCAGCACCCAGUCCUGGGAGCUGCUGCCUGAAAGCAAGGAGGUCUUGUAAAGGUCAUCACAGCAUGCUUCCUACUUAAAUAACUGUGGGCAAUGAAUAAGCGGGCCUAGAGCCAGAAAAUGUGGUACCUUUUUGUUGCAAACUGAUUACAGGCACAGUGAGACCAGGGACAUUUUGGGGCCAGCUCUCACCAGUGAGUAGAAAAGGUGUCUAUAGAGCAACAUAGACUCACUAGGUUGGAGAAGACCCUUGAGAUCGUGAAGUCCAACCAUCCCUGUCCACUACCAAACCAUCCCUGAGCACAUCAUCGACUUGUCUGUUAAACAUCUCUAAGGUUGGGGACUCCACCAUCCCCUGGGCAGCCGUUGCAGUGCUUGAGAACCCUUUCGGUGAAGAAAUUUUUCCUAAUGUGCAAUCCCAACCUGCCCUGGCGCAGCUUGAGGCCAUUUGCUCUCAUCCCAUCGCUGUCACUGGGGAGAAGAGCCCAGCACCCACCUCGCUACAACCUCCUUUCAGGCAGGUGUAGGCAGCAAUGAGGUCUCCUCUCAGCCUCCUUUUCUCCAGGCUGAACAACUCCAGUUCCCUCAGCCACUCCUCAUAAGACUUGUUCUGCAGACCCUUCACCAGCUUUGUUGUUCUUCUCCGGACGCGCUCCAGCACCUCAAUGUCGUGUAGUGAGGGGACAAAAACUGAACACAGGAUUUGUGAUGCGGCCCAACCAGCACUGAGUACAGGGAGACAGUCCCUUCCCCGCUCCUGCUGGCCACAGAUCCAAGCUGAUCCAAGCUAGGAUGCUCUUGUCCCUUUUGGCCACUGCUGACUCGAGUUCAGCCACUGUCGAACAAGACGAACACCACCCGCCGGUCCCUUUCCACGGGGCAGCUUUGCGGUGCCCCUGCCCGCCCCGGGGGGGCUGCGGGGGUGGGGCCGGACCGGCGGGACCCCGCGCUGCCGCCAGGGGGAGCCCGAGCAACGCGGAAAGCCGGGCCGGGGGGAAGGGGCCUUUCUUUCCAUCUUGAGUUCCCAGUGAGGAAAGGGAGGAAACAGAGUUUUUAGGAUCACAGAAUUAGU